AUGUUGGAAGAAGUAGACGAUAUCGACGAUUUUGAUUUCGACCCCGCGGACUUUGAUCCCCGCAAGGUGCUCGCCACGCUUCCGUCGACAGGAGGCGCAGGGCCCGCGAAUCUCACACCGGCCGCCUCCAGCAGCAGCAGCAGCAGCAGCAGCAGGCCACGACAACAGCAACAGCAGCAGCAGCAGAUGCCAACUCUGCCGAAGAACAUGAUCCCGCCCGGCAUGAACUCGUCGCAGUUUGUCACGGACGACUCGGCGUUCAAAGAGUGGCAGAUUGUGUAUCCUGUGUACUUUGACGCCUCGCGCACGCAUCAGGAAGGAAGACGGGUGAAUGCCGAGUUGGCGGUCGAGAAUCCGUUGGCGCAUAAGAUUGCAGAGGCGUGCAGUGCGCUUGGGAUGCGGACGUUUUUGGAGCCUCAGAAAACGCAUCCUAAAGACUGGGCGAAUCCCGGCCGCGUGAGAAUCAUGCUUAAAGACCCGGAGACGCAGUUGCCUGUGAAUCCUCGGGUAAAGAACAAGCGCGAUCUGUAUCGACAAAUUGCCGAGUUCCUAAAGGAACACCCAACUGUGCCCUCCGACGCACUCAAGAUUCCGAUCCCCGGUGCUCCGUCCGAGAUCCCCGAGCCUCCUGCUGUCCCCCGCGGAUGGAAGAUGAGCAAAGUGCUCCCGAUCCACUCGAGCGCUCUGACCGGCGGCGGCGUGAACGAUGAUAUAUUCAAGGGGAUGGCGGGCAUGCCUGGUAUGGAGCAACUUGCUGCGGCGGCGAGCAGUGGCAAGAUGCCGCCGGGACUGGCGGGGCUUCCGGGGGGUAUGAAGGGGUUGGAGGCGCUGCAGAAUAUGGCGGGAGGCGCGGGUGGGAUGGGUGGUCUGGCGAAUAUGAUGAAUGCGAUGGGCGGGAUGGGUGGAAUGGGAGGGAUGGGUGGGAUGGGUGGAGGAGCACCUGGUGGACGGGGAGGAAGAAAGCUGAGAAAGUAACUGUAGAUAGAUUAAGCUAAUACUUUCACUACGAAAAGCAAUAUGUCCAUAACGCCAAAGCAACACAGCGCAACUGCUGAUAGUUCUACUUGUCCCAGUUUUUGGCUUCCAUGCCGCCUGCAGAGUUGUAGAUAGUGUCAGUAUAGUUCUGCAAAAACUUAUAAGAAAGUACAUACUCGGUGGACUGGUCUUCAUCGUCUCCUUCUUGACCUCAGACCAGUUCGUGCUCAGAGCGGUGCCAUUGCUCUCGACAUAGCUCUUCAUCAUCGCCCGUCGCGUGUCCUCGUCCGCAUCAGCAUACAGCUUCUUGAAGAAGAACGAGGCAGGGUCGCCGCCCUCGACCUCCUCCUGCUUGUCG